GGUAACAUAAUAGUGUGAAAUUAAAACUAUAAGAAUAAUAUGUAAGAAGACCAAGAUUUUAACAUAGUCUUGUACCUUGUUGCUGCCUAUAAUUAUAGACCCAGCUCCGAUGAACCAUUCUCAACGCCAAAGGAAGUCCGUAAAUUAAGGAAAGCAAAAGCCCUUUAGUAUAGUUGUAGCUAUGGGUUUCGGUAGAUUACUUAUGCUCCUUGUUCUUGCUGGGGUGCUUGUAGCACCGGCAACAGCUCAAGCCAAGCCCAACUGCCCAGACCGUUGUGGGCAUAUAAGCAUUCCAUAUCCCUUUGGCCUAAAUGAUCAUUGUAGCCUAAACAAACAGUUCCUCAUCACUUGCAACAACACCAAUUCUACACCUCCACGAGAAAAAGCUUUUUUGGGGAAUUCGAGUAUUAAGGUUACAAACAUUAGCAUCGAUGGUGAAUUGCAAAUCAGGAGCGAAAUAUCCCGACGUUGCUAUGAUAAAUUGUCCGGCAAUGUGUACUGGGAAACAAAUUGGUUGCGUUUGUCAAAGUUCAGAAUUUCCAAAUUGAAAAACAAGUUCACUGUCGUGGGCUGUGAUAGCUAUGCAUACCUCCGGGGCUUUCGAGAAGGGAAAGCUUACAGAGCCGGAUGCAUGUCGACCUGCGACUCCUUCGAUUCUGUGUAUAACAAGUCUUGCGCAGGUAGUGGAUGUUGCCAGAUGGAGAUUCCUGAUGGACUAUACUAUACAAAUGUCACGGCCUACAGUUUCGACAGCCAUAAAAAGGUGCAAGAAUUCAAUCCCUGCACCUAUGCCUUCGUUGUAGAAGAUGACAAAUUCGACUUCUCUUCUGAAUAUCUAAAGAAUAUCCCAGAAGAUACGGAGUUCACGAUGGUGCUUGAAUGGUCAAUUGAUAACAAUACACUAAGCACUCUGUGCAAGGAUAAUGCCGAGAGUUAUCAACCAGACAACGUUUCUGGAUAUCGAUGCCGAUGCAAGAAAGGCUAUGAAGGGAAUCCAUAUCUUGGGUGCCGAGACACCAACGAAUGCAACCAUCCAAAUAACUGCUCACAUAUAUGCAUUGAUUUGGAGGGAAGUUAUAGAUGCGAUUGCCCGAAGGGAUACUAUGGGGAUGGGAGAAAAGACGGACAAAGUUGCACAGCUUCUCAAUUUCCACUUAAUAAGAUAAUUAUUGGUGUUGGCAUAGGCUUUAUAGUCCUGUUGGUUGCUAGCUCUUGGCUUUACUUGGUUUUAAAGCAGAGAAAGCUCAUCAAACUUAAAGAGAAAUUCUUCAGGGAAAAUGGCGGGUUUAUCUUGCGACAGAAAUUCUCUGGACGACAAGGAAACCCUGAUAUGGCUAAAAUCUUUACGGAUGAUGAGUUGAAGAAGGCCACCAACAAUUAUGAUGAGAGCACCAUCGUGGGGAAAGGAGGCUUUGGCACUGUUUAUAAGGGAAUUUUAUCUGACAAAAGAGAAGUUGCCAUCAAGAAGUCAAUAUCUGUUGAUCAAAACCAAAUCGAACAAUUCAUUAAUGAGGUGGUGGUGCUGUCCCAAAUUAACCACAGGAAUGUGGUCAAGCUCUUGGGUUGUUGUUUAGAGACUCAAGUCCCUCUGCUAGUUUAUGAAUUCAUCUCCAACGGUACGGUCUUUGAUUACGUGCAUGACCAAAGAAAUGCAUCAGCUUUCUCUUGGGACAUCCGUCUGAGGAUAGCAGCAGAAACUGCAGGAGCUCUAUCUUAUUUGCAUUCUGCAGCUUCUGUACCAAUCAUCCAUAGAGAUGUGAAGACUACUAACAUCCUCUUAGAUGCUAAAUACACUGCAAAAGUGUCUGAUUUUGGAGCUUCAAGAUUGGUUCCACUAGAUGAAACUCAGCUAUCUACGAUGGUGCAAGGAACUUUGGGAUACCUGGACCCAGAAUACUUUCAGACAAGUCAAUUGACUGAGAAGAGCGAUGUCUAUAGCUUUGGAGUAGUACUUGUGGAGCUACUAACGGGUAAGAAAGCACUUUCAUUUGAUCGACCUGAGGAGGAGAGAAGUCUAGCGAUGCAUUUUCUUUCUUCAAUGAAAGAGGGUAAAUUGUUUGAAAUUCUUGAGAAGCAUAUUGUGAAUGAGGUAAAGAAAGAGCAGGUACUGGAAAUGGCUCAGCUGGCGAAACGGUGCUUGAGUUUGAAAGGGGAGGAAAGGCCUCCUAUGAAGGAAGUAGCAAUGGAACUGGAAGGCCUCCACAGGAUGAAGAUGCAUCCAUGGGUGGCAGUGAAUACAGAGGAAACAGAGUUCUUGCUGGCCAGAGAGGAAUCCAGUGCUUUUGGUGAUGGGGACGGAUACACUGCAUCAACCCAAGAUAGGCUUCACUGCUCUGAUCGUUGUGGAAAUUCGACCAUUCCAUACCCUUUUGGCUUAGACGGCUGUAAUCUAAGCCCGGAGUUCCUCAUAACCUGCAAUGAUAGUUUCAACCCUCCGCUGCCAUUUCUGAGGAAAUCAAAUAUCAAGGUCAAAAACAUAACUCUAGAUGGCAAGUUGGAAAUCGUCACAAUUGCAGCUCGAGAUUGCUACAAUCAAUCAGGUGCACGACAGCCGGGAUUCCGACGACGGAUCCUCACUUUGUCAAAUUUCACCAUCUCAAAAUCCCAAAACAAGUUCACGGUUAUUGGCUGUGACAGUUAUGCAUACCUCCAAGGCUUUCGAGAUGGGAAAUUGUAUAGCUCCGGGUGCAUGUCAGUCUGUGCUGAACGUGAAUUCGUGGACGAUAAUUCUUGCUCCGGCAGUGGGUGUUGCCAGAUAGAGAUUCCCGACGGACUGUACCGCGCAAAUGUCACUGCAUACAGCUUCAAUAAUCACACCAAUGUCUCGGAUUUCAACCCCUGUACUUAUGCCUUUAUUGUAGAAGAUAGCAAAUUUAAUUUCUCCUUCAAAUACCUUCAAAAUAUAUCAAAUACUGCAGAAUUCCCAAUGGUUCUUGAUUGGGCAAUCGAGGACAACAACACAAACGCCUGUAAGGACCAUGCCCAAAGUUAUCAGCCACCUGGCAACAUUUCGGGGUAUCGCUGUGAAUGCAAGGCUGGUUACCAGGGGAACCCAUACGUUGGUUGCCAAGAUAUCAAUGAAUGCGAAAAUGAAAAUGAGUGCACAGAUAAAUGCACUAACACGGAGGGAAACUAUACAUGCUCUUGCCCGAAGGGAUACCAUGGCGAUGGAAGAAAGGAUGGACAAGGUUGCACUCCCAAUCAAUUGUCACUUGUUAAAAUCACUCUAGGUGUUGGCAUAGGCUUUACAGCCUUGGUUGUUAUUGCCUCCUGGCUUUACUUGGUCUUCAGGAAACAAAAGCUCAUCAAGCUAAAGGAAAAAUUCUUCCAGCAAAAUGGUGGCGCCAUCUUACAACAGAAACUUUCUAGACGAGAAGGAACCCCUGAUCACACAGCAAAAAUCUUCACAGCAGAGGAGUUGAAGAAGGCCACCAAUAAUUAUGAUGAGAGUACAAUAAUUGGCAAAGGAGGUUUCGGCACUGUUUAUAAAGGAAUUUUAACAGAUAACAGACUAGUUGCCAUUAAGAAGUCAAUAACAGUUGAUCAAAACCAAAUUGAGCAAUUCAUUAAUGAGGUGGUGGUGCUGUCCCAAAUUAACCACAAGAAUGUAGUCAGGCUCUUGGGUUGUUGUUUAGAGACUCCAGUCCCGUUACUAGUUUAUGAAUUCAUCACCAAUGGUACCCUCUUCGACCACAUACACAAUGAAAGCAAUGGAUUAUCAGCCCUCUCUUGGGAGACUCGUCUAAAGAUAGCUGCAGAAAUGGCAGGAGCAUUGUCCUAUUUGCAUUCAGCAGCUUCUGUGCCAAUCAUCCACAGAGAUGUCAAGACUACCAACAUCCUCUUAGAUGCUGAUUACACUGCAAAAGUGUCUGAUUUUGGAGCUUCAAGGUUGGCUCCACUGGAUGAAACUCAGUUAUCCACUAUGGUGCAAGGAACUUGGGGAUACCUGGACCCAGAAUACCUACACACAAGUCAAUUGACUGAUAAGAGUGAUGUGUAUAGCUUUGGAGUAAUACUUGUGGAGCUACUGACAAGUAUGAAGGCACUUUGCUUUAAUCGUCCCGAGGAAGAGAGAAGUCUGGCUAUGUAUUUUCUUUCUUCUGUGAAAGGGGGGAAAUUAUUUGAGGUUCUUGAUAGUCGUAUCAUAAAUCAAGGAAAGGAAAAGCAGAUGGAGGAAGUGGCGAGGCUAGCCACUCGUUGCUUAAGAUUGAAAGGGGAGGAGAGGCCCUCUAUGAAGGAAGUUGCAAUGGAAUUAGAGGGCCUAAAAAUGAUGGAAGUGCAUACAUGGGCUGAAGUAAACCUAGAGGAGACAGAGUACCUGCUUGGUGAGAAAUCCAACAAUUUUGGUCAUGGAGAUGAUAGCACUGCAAGUGCUGGCUAUGAUAGCAUGAAAAACCAUGUGAUUUUAUCAGUAGGUGAUGGUAGAUGACUUUUUUUUUUACUAUUCUGUGUGUCAGUGUGCGUUAUGUCCAUUACCAGCUUGUGGAUAAAAUGAUGAUUGCUUGCAUUGGCUUGUCUCUAUUCUUCAAUUUCCACUGUAAUUGCCUUUUACCCCUGCCUAUAGAA